AUUGAUUUUCGUCGAGGAGUGGACGACUGAACUUUGUGAUGGUGAUUUUCAUGGGUGAAUUCCAAUUGUGCGCCGUGAUAUUUAUCUCCAAAUGCUUGUACUGUAGGUCGGAAACAUGGAUCAAUUGCCAAAGUUCAGGCGUUUGAGUAACGGUACUCUUAUGCUUGGAUACAGUGCUGCUGCUCAGCAAGUUCAAGCUGCCAACAAAGGGAAACCCAUCACACCAUGUCUGUCAGCUGCAGUGGUAAAACAAAAGGCAAGUGAACAAGUCAAGCAUUUCGGCGGAAAUCCACAAGACACUAUGUCUCUUCUUGGCCAGUACCAAAUUCAGUUCGGUGCCUUCCGUGGUCAGACAUUCAAAUGGAUGCUGGAAAAUGGCCUCGGGUAUUGUGGGUGGAUGGCUGACAGCAUGCGAGGUGAACGACCGACAGAUGCUCCACUCAGCAAGAACAAGUUUGCCUUCAAGCUGUAUUUGGAAACGUUCGCGGAAGGCAAAGAAGUUAUCGCCAAGAAGAAAGCGGAACGUCUCCAAAAGGCAGGCCAGGUGAUGCAAAGUUCGCCACCACCGUCGACUUUAAUUCCACCAGCCACCUCAUUGUCAUCUUUGAUGGUCGGGAAGUUGACACCUCAACGAGUAAAGAAGAAGGUUCAAUCAAGCCUCGACUCACCUAAAGGUACAAUUAGUAACCGAGUUAUUAAGUGCACCCUCUGCAGCUCUGUGAACACUGUAGGCCUACAUUUCACCGUGACGAAAAAAACAGAAGCAGUGCCAGUGAUGCGAAGUUCGCCACCACCAUCGGCCUCCAGGGCACCAGCCGCCUCCAGGGCACCAGCCGCCUCAACGUCUACUAUGAAGGACGAGAAGUCAACACCUCAAAGAAUGAAGAAGACGGUUCAAACAAGCCUUGUCUCACCAAAAGAAGCCAUUUUGAAGAAGACAGCAGAGGCAGGCCAGUUGAUGCAAAGUUCGCCACCAACGUCAGCCUUCAGGGCACCAACCGCCUCAACGUCUACUCAAAGAGGAAAGAAGACGGUUCAAACAAGCCUUGUCUCACCAAAAGCCAUUGUGAAGAAGAAAGCAGAGGCAGGACCGGUUGUACAAAGUAUGCCAGCAGCACCAUCGACCUUCAGGGCACCAGCCGCCUCAACGUCUACUUUGAUGGACGCAACACCUCAAAGAAUGAAGAAGAUGGUUCAAACAAGCCUUGUCUCAGCAAAAGAUAAAUCACCAAUAGCUACCGAUGAUGUCAGUGAUGAAGAACUGCUCAGAGCUGUAUCUGAUGUGGAGGCAACAUUGCAAAAAGAUUACGCACCUGCAGACACAGAAGGCUCGUCUACUAGUACCAAAUCAUUGCAGUCUCCGGCUGGAACUAGGGAUCACAGUGAUGCUCAAUAUAAGAGUAAGUUAAGCACUGUUUUGUCAAAUCGGCGGCAGGUUAACUUCUAAGGCUAGAGUCAUACACUAUUGCUUGCCAGCA